UCUCCCAGAGAGCCACCAAGGAGGGAUAAAAGAGGCACCACGUGUGGCUCUGAAGCCGCAGGUUGCAGACCCCUGGUCCAUCUAUUUAGCCACUAGGGGGCAAACGUCUGUGCCGGUCCCCAGCCCGGCUCAGGAAGUGAGAUCUCUGCUAUAACCACCUGUGUUAAUCAUUCUUCCCUGGUCUUGCGUGGGCAGCAACUUGUGUGUUCCCUCGUCAAAGUGGAAGUGAGUGGACGAGCAAAUCCAGUCUGAGGGAGAAAACCCACCAGAUCUCCAGACACGCCCUGACCACGGAGGAGGAGGAGGAGGAGGAGGAGGAGGAGGAGGAUCAGGCGAACGUGGAACGAAGACAACCCGGGAAAAGUGUCAGAAGAACAUUAUUCUUGAGCGGGGAUGACACAGACGACACGAGGAUGUAAGCGCACCUGCGGUGAUCAGCGCCGUGCGGGACUAGUGGAUUCUGGUUUGGAUGCGUGAGCAGCUCCGCGCCAGUGAUGAGGGGACUGCUUUUGUGGAUUCUGACAGCAGCUGGAAUUCAACAGGCCUACCCCCUGAAUUCCACUGCCAUGCCACCCUCCACAGCCUUCACCCCCCCUCCCACAGACCCUUACAACCGCACACGGUACUGUAAGUGGCCCUGUGAGUGUCCAGAGGUCCCGCCCAAGUGUCCGCCGGGCGUGAGCCUCCUCACGGAUGGCUGCGAAUGCUGCAAGGCCUGCGCCCGUCAGGUGGGCGAGGUCUGCAAUGAGGCUGACACCUGCGACUUCCACAAGGGGCUGUACUGCGACUACAGCUCAGACAAGCCUAGGUACGAAAAAGGAGUGUGUGCAUAUAUGGUGGGAACUGGCUGUGAGCACAAUGGCGUGAUCUACCACAACGGGCAGAGCUUCCAGCCCAGCUGUAAAUACCAGUGCGUGUGCGUGAACGGGGCCAUUGGCUGCGUGUCGCUGUGCACCGAGUCGCAGCCUCCCCGGGUGUGGUGCCAAAACCCACGGCGCAUCAAAGUCCGGGGCCAGUGCUGUGAGAAGUGGAUCUGUGACGAGCCCAAACGGGGUCGCAAGACCGCACCGCGACAUGCAGUGGAGGCUUUGCCAGCCAAGAACAGGAGCUGGCACAAUAACUGCAUUUCCCAGACUACCUCAUGGAGCCCCUGCUCUAAGACCUGCGGCCGUGGCCUCUCUAUGAGGAUCUCCAACGCCAACGACCAGUGUGAGAUGGUCAAAGAGUCCCGCCUCUGCAACCUGCGGCCAUGUGAAGUCGACAUCACCAAACACAUCAAGCCGGGAAAGAAAUGCUCGAACAUCUACAGAGAAGAUCAACCCCAGAACCUUACCAUCUCUGGCUGCACCAGCAAGAAGCAAUACAGGCCCAAAUAUUGCGGCGUCUGCACAGACGAACGGUGCUGCAUUCCUUACAAAUCCAAAACCAUCGACGUGGAGUUCGAGUGUCCCAAUGGAACAGGAUUCUCAUGGAAGAUGAUGUGGAUCCAGGCCUGCUUCUGCAACCUCAGCUGCAAAAAUCCCAACGACAUCUUCGCCGAGCUGGAGAAUUACUACGGCUACCCAGAAGUUAUGGACUAAAAAGGAGCUAGCUUACACAGUUUUCCUAUUUGAUUUGACAUUUUUCCUAUUGGAAAAACAUGUAAAUAUAAAGCAAGUGUCCAGAAUGAAUGAAUGAGGCUUGAAAAGUAUAACAGUUCAAGUAUGUUUGUGUUUAAACUAAUUUAUUCUGGUAUGUAUUUCUUGUUUUUUUGCUUUUUAAUUAAAAAAAGUCACUUUCGCUGCACUUCAUAACUAUUGUGAUGAUGUUGUUCUUAUAUUUCAUCAACUUCUACCAAUAAAUCAAAGGUAUUCAGGUAUCUUUUCUUUUUGUUUUUUGAAUAAAAGUCACUUUUGCUGGAUUUUUUAACUAUGCAGAUGAUGUUGCUUUUAUAUUUCAUCAACUUUUACCAAUAAAUUCAAUUUAUAGAGGUAUCUUUUUUGCUUUGUUCAACUAAAAGUCAGUUUUGCUCCAUUUUGUUACUAUACAGAUGAUGUUUGUCUUACAUAGCAUCAACUUUUACCAAUAAAUCAAAUUUAUUCAGGUUUUUUUUGUUUGUUUGUUACUUUUUUAAUAAUAAAUAGUUACUUUUGCUGCAUUUUGGAACUACUGUAUGCUGGGGAUGCUGCUCUCAUAAUUUAUAAACUUUUACCAAUAAAUCAAAUUAUAUCUGCCACCUUAUUUUGCUUUUUAAUAAUAAAAAGUCACUUUUGCUGCAUUUUGUUGCAAUGCAGAUAAUGUUGCUCUUACAUUUAUCGACUUUUAUCAAUAAAUCAAAUUUAUUCAAGUAUCAUACUUGCUUUUAUUAUUAUUUUAUAAAGGUCACUUUUUCUCAUUAACUUUUACCAAUAAAUCAACUUUUUUCAAAUAAAAGUCACUUUUGCUGCAUUUUUUUUACUAUACAGAUAAUGUUGUUCUUACAUUUUGUCAACUUUUACCAAUAAACAAAUUUAUUCAGGUAUCAUACUUGUUUUUAUUUAUUUCUUUUUUUUUAAAAGGUCACUUUUGCUUUUUAAGUUUUACCAAUAAAUCAACUUUUUUCAAAUAAAAGUGCUGAUGAUGUUGCUAAUAAAUCAAACUUAUUCAAGUAAUGCUUUUUAAUUUUUACUAAGAAGUCACUUUUUCUUUAUCUUGUAACUAUGCAGAUGAUGUUCUUACAUUUUUAUCAACUUUUACCAAUAAAUUGAAUUUUUGUAAGUAAAUAUGACAACAUAUGAAUCUGUUACAGGUUUUUAUUGUUUUUUUUUAAUAAAUACAAACGUAUGCCAUUUUUUUAUGCAUUUCUACAGCAUUAGAUGGUUUGUGCAUUGCAUCUUUACAAAGCUGUGAGUCUUCUAUAAAGUAGAACAUCGCUGUAGUGCAAGUAAAUUAGUGGAGUAAAAUAUGUCAGGUGAAGUUCUAGGGCUAAUCCUCAUGUUAGCAUGUGGACUUCCUGUCUCUGCACUCACCUCACAAAUCCACAACCAUAAAAGGAGCGUCACGUUUUGGAAAAAGUGAACAAUUCCAUGGCACUUUUUUUUUCCUUUGUUCCAUUUCACUUGAUUGCAUCAGAAAAAAAAAA